AUGCCCCCUAUUGUGCGAACAGGCCUCCAGCCUCACACCUCGGCGCCAGCCUCGAGCUCCCAUAAGCCUCCCACCGCCAGAGAUAUCCCGCCCGUCACAUUGACCAACAUACCCCAGAUUGACCCCGAGGAGUUCGCGCCGUAUCUCUCCCAGAUCGGCGCCUUGUAUGACCAGCUUCGCAGGGUUAAAGAAAGCGAGGAGGAGGAAAAUGCGCUCCGAAGGGGCAGCAGGCCAGAAGAACAGACUGAAGCCGCCAGCGAAGGCCUCUUGCGACCGGCUGCCAGAGGCCGUCUCCCCCGCAAAGGCUCGACGGCAUCCCUGUCAUCCAUCACUUCAGUAGAUACGGUUAGCUCACUGCGGAGGCCGCCAGGACUCAGUCGCAAGUCUGCGCAGGGGCCUCCUCCGCUAUCGACGAUCCCCCCGGUCUACUUCGACGAGGACUUUCAUCUUGAGAACCCUAGGACUUUCGAUGUUGUCAGCGAACGAUCCGAAGUCAUACAGAAGCAUAAAGAUGAAGGAAAUGGGAACGCUGUGGCGCCAAGGAAAACAUUGGCGACGAAUGCAAUUCUACAAGAGAAGCUGUCAUGGUACAUGGACACCAUUGAGAUACACCUGAUUAACUCCAUCUCGACCGCAUCGACGACGUUCUUCACUGCCCUUGGGUCACUGAAGGAGCUUCACUCCGAGGCAGCGGACUCGGUACAACGAAUCAAGGCGCUGAGAAAGGAACUCGAGGCAUUGGACGAGAGAGUGGCGGCAAACGGCCUGAUGAUGGUCCAGAAGCAACGACGGCAGGAGAACCUCCGACAGCUCAGCGAUGCCGUCUGGCAGCUGAGGUUGAUCACCGAAGGCGUGGCGAAUUGCGAGUCUCUCGUUGAUGCUGGUGAGGUGGACAAGGCAUUGGCUAGCAUCGACUCGUUGGAACUGUUGAUAGCGGGCGAGCGCGAGGGAUCCAGUGAGCAAAGCGAGAUGCCCAAGUUGAGAGAUCUCCGAUCUGCUUCGGCUCUACAGGGAGUGAAUUCGGACCUAACCCAGCUCCGCUUCCGCAUCGGCAAGGCAUACGAGUCCCAGUUCUCCUCGAUGCUCUUGUCCGACGUUCGCCAGCAUCUUGAAUCCGUCUCAUCAGCCGACGUCCUUCUCCGAUGGAGCAAUGCAGCGCCAAAGGCAAGGGGAAACCCCCUCAGAUCGCCGUCGGUCUUUCCUACGUACCUGGCGGGUACGGACACGUUGAAAGCGCAGCUGAUGUCAGUCAUGCGCGGCCUGCAUGGCGCAAAGCACAUUGCAGUUGCUGCGACCGCUUAUCGCGAAGAUAUCCUGCGCGAAAUCAGGAAUCUGAUCCGCCGACCUCUGCCCAGCUCCAAUGACGAUGAUAACAUGUCCAUGAUGUCCAUCUCUACUGCAAGCGGUGGCAGACAUCUGUCAAGUCAGGAGAAGUCUGCGAACCUGGCCCGUAACCUGCGAGCGUUGGAUCCAGAAGAUGCAGAGGCACUUCUGACGAGGAUAUACAUUAGUGUGACGGAGACGUUGAGGCGCGUGUCGACUCAGGUCAAGGUCCUGCUGGAUAUUGCGAGUUCCCUCUCAGACCAGCCCAAUGGCGAUGGGCUCAAGUCGCCGCCGAUGCGGUCUCCCUUGCCUAGCCCUCGGUCUGACAGACAGAUGAGCAUGCCGCAGCCGUCGGCGUUUGCCAUUCAAGAAGAGCUUCACAAAGCCAUCGACCUGGGGAACUUGCUAGCCCAAGCUGUGGACCUUGCCAACGAGAAGAUUGUCAAGAUUCUCAAGGUCCGCUCAGAGCAAGCAAUUCACCUCCCUCUCGACUUGUUCCUGCGGUACUUCAACCUAAAUCUCUACUUCACCUACGAAUGCGAAGCGAUAUCCGGGAGGAGCUGCUCUGCCCUGAAGACGGUGGUUAACAGCCACAUCAAGGAAUUUGUGCAAAAGUAUCGCGACGCCGAAAUGCAGAAGCUUGCGCAGGGGAUGGAAUCCGACCAAUGGGGAGCCAAGGAUUUCACCGACGAGAACACUCUGCUCCUGAAUCAGAUUCUGGAGUGCAGCACACAAGAUAUCGAAGCUUGGACUGUGAGCAGUAGGAUAUGGAUUCCUUAUGAGAGUCCAAAGAAGCUGAACUCGGACGGUGGCGCGUCAGAAACAAAUGGCGCCAGCAAAGAAAAAGUUCGAAAUGCGGUCAUCGAGUCCGAGAAGUUUGUGCUUCCGAACUCUGCGGUGUUGUGCCUUGACGGCAUGGGAGACUUCCUGAAGCUCAUUGCCGGGAUUCCCUCCAUGACGACGGAGAUUGCAACAUCCCUAGUGGCAUACCUACAGCUCUUCAACUCCCGGAGCUUUCAGCUCAUCCUGGGAGCGGGUGCCACUCGGUCAGCUGGCCUGAAGAACAUCACGACGAGACAUUUGGCCCUUGCUUCCCAGGCGCUAGUAUUCAUAGCCACCUUGAUCCCCCAUGUGAGAGAGUUCGUUCGCCGCCAGGCAGGAUCGGGGUCAAAUGUGUCCAGCCUUAUGGGAGAGUUUGACAAGGUCCGACGAUUGCUUCAAGAGCACCAGGACAGCAUCCAUCAGAAAUUGAUCGAAAUUAUGAGUGGCCGCGCUGUCAAUCAUGCAAAGAGCAUUCGAGCCAUCAACUGGGACUCUGACACCUCCGAGGGGCCUCAUCCGUACAUUGAGAUGCUUGUCAAGGAGACAACGACGCUCCAUCGAGUGUUGACAAAACACCUUCCUGAAACGUCUAUCCAGGUCAUCAUGGUGCCGGUAUUUGCAAGUUACAAGAACCAGCUAGGAGAGGCCCUGCGGCAAGCAGCCGUGUCAACGCAGGCUGGUCAACGACGCAUGAUCCAAGAUGUCGACGUCUUCAUCAACAAGCUGCAAAAGGUUGACGGGUUUGGCGAUGCUGGCGAAUAUCUCACCAACAUUGUCAAGUCAAAAAAGGUUGAGGCGGAUUCACCUCCGGCACCUGCUCCUGCAACCACAGCCGCAACCACAACCACAACUACGGCAACAACUAAUGGGACAGACGAAGCCAAGACUACGGACGUGGAACAGGAGAAGAAGACAUCCUCGGAGGGGGCCUCCCAGGAGUGA